AUGUCUUAUUCCAGCGACGAUAGAGCACGAUCCGAAGAUGUACCACCUAUGAGCGAUCCAAUAUCAGCAACUCGUAUUCUUCGUGGUGCACUUCUAUUACCUAGUAUCGCUAGCAUAUGUGGAAAAAUAUUUUUUGAAAGUAUACAUUCUAACUUUCAGAGAACAUUAUUCGGAGAUAUAACAUUUAUAGUAAUAAAAGGUGCAUUCAAGAUUUAUCAUAAACAACAACAAUACGUAAGACAAUGUCAACGUCGUAUAAUGGAUUAUACAGAAAAUAAUGUUGCAUUAUAUAGAAGACAACAAAAUUCUGAAACCAAUCAGACAAGUUAAAUUAAAAC